AUGCGGAUAUUCACCGAUGGUUCCAAGAGCGGUGAUGAGGUUAAAAUAGGAGUGAGCAAAAUAGGAGAAGGACUCUUCUUCCGCCUACCGGCGCCAUGCUCGGUGUUUUCUGCCGAAGCGUCUGCCAUCGCGCUUGCCUUGGUACAGAAACCGGAAGAUAGACCCGUCGUUGUACUGUCUGACUCUCUGGCGGCCAUAUCCGCCCUCGAGUCGGGGAAAUACCGCCACCCCUUCAUCCAGGCCAUCGAGGCCGAGUAUGACCCACUCAUCACAAUUUGUUGGGUCCCCGGUCACUGCAGCAUCGACGGUAAUGAAAAGGCUGAUCGCCUGGCGGCCAGGGGAAGACACACUAGCCGACGUCUCACUCGACUCGUCCCGACCGCAGAUAUUUUGGGACAGCUGAAGUCAGGGAUUAACGAAGCCUUCGAACGCCACUGGCGUGGCAGCACCGGACACCUUCAGCGAAUCAAAGGCUCACCCGACCGCUGGACAGACCGGACUGAUAGGAGGGAACAACGAGUACUGUCGCGGCUCAGAGUAGGGCAUAUGAAGGUCUCUCAUGCCCGCGCCGUAUCGCGUGUUCCCCCACCAACAUGCGUUACAUGUGGUACCCGAACCACUGAACACCUUCUGGUGAACUGUCCAGAGUUAGCCGACCUAAGGCAGCACCACAAACUACCGCUCUCCAUUAGAGAGAUCCUUGGAAACGACCCCGCCCGAGAAGAAAUAUUACUGGCCUUUCUGAAGGACGCGGGAUUACUCGACCAACUGUAA